GUACUGUGGGUGCAUUGACUGCACCUGCGGCGCACAAUUCACAGCAGCGGUUGCCAGUGACAAGUUGAGCUCCCAGUGCAAGCCAUGUCAGAAAUGAUACUCCUCACAACCACCCAGCAGCACGUGAUGGAGGAGUCCUCAGGCGCACCAAUCAAGGAAGGCUGUGAGGGUGACCGUCGGAGCCCUGGUUCCGAGGCACCGACACUAGACUGUUUUGGUGAAGACCGCUCUCCUCCACCAGCUCCCCCAGUUCAAGCUGCUACUACUCCCUCCCCAUCAUCUCAUGUCCAGCUCGUCCAGUCUACGCCUGAUUCUUUUCCAGAGUUAGUCUCUGCGACAACUCUUGGCCCUGUGACGCCUCCCGAGAGCCCGACUAAAGACGAGCUUGCCAGCGCACCCGACAUCAUCGAUUCCUCCACUCCUUCGCCUGCUUCCAGGGCACCCUUUGUGCGUGGGCACCGGCGUCGCUCCACCCACGUUAGUCGUCGCGACCUUGACCAAUUCAGAAAGGACGUUCUGGGCAUCGAACCGCCCACGGGUAUCCGACUCGAGGAGGAGGGUAACAUUCGCCGACGGGUCAACCCCUCCGUCGACCCUGAGUUCGAAGAUCUGAACCGUGCUUUCGAGUCCGCGAACAUGUCCUUGAACAGCAGCGGUGGCAUGACCAGCAAUAGUCCUGGGUCGAGCAUGUUUUCCAGCUAUGUCGAAAACAACGCGGGUCCACCCAAUAUACCCAACGUUCCUCGCCAGUCAAUGUCUCCCGCGAUGCCUCAUACUCCUGGCCAGGUCAACGGUGGUGGAAUGCCUGGGAUGAGCGCCGGGAUUCCCAUGAAUGCGGGACACCAGAUGGAUCUCCAUCAUCUAUAUGAUAUGGUGCUUGAACUGAGCGAUGUGCUGAAGAACAAUCGUGAGAUGACCAAAAACAUUGUCACGAGCGCGGAGGAGAUCAUGAGACGCUCUUCUUCAGAUGGUGCCAGUCCUAGCAUGCAGCAGGUGAACGGUGAAAUUACAGCCGCCCGCAUUGCCGACCUCGAGCGUGCGCUCGCGAAGGAAAAGCGUCUCGUGGAAGUCCUCAAGAACGAACAAGUGGAGAAUACCAAGUUGAUUGGCGAAUACGAGGCGGCCGUGGGAACUAUGGUUGAACAGAUCCGGAACUACUGUCAAAACAACAACAUGCAAUACCUCGCCCAGAAACGUCACUACAACAGCCUUCUCCAGGCAGAACGCGAUUCUCACCUGGAAAGCCGUUUGGACCGCGACCAUUGGCACGCGCAGACCAUGAAGUGCGCCGAGAUGAUCCGAACCGCCUACCGUCUCCGCUGCGAGGAAGAAGAGGUGCCUCUCCGUAUCGUCGCCGGCCUCCAGAACGAAGUGCGUGCGUACCGCCACGCGCUCGGCAUGGAACCCGAGAAGCCCGAGGAAGAAUACGGCUGGGAACUCUUGAAGAACGUGCCCGGUGGACUCGACUAAGCGAACGCAUUGGGCCGCGGUGCGCAGCAACAUGAGCUAUGACAAUGAUCUCUGUUGAUAAUUACUUUCCUCUGCAUGGGUCUGGCGUUUUUACCACGGCGACUUUUACCGGGUGCCGAUUUUCCUGGCGAAGAUACCCAUUUUCAUUUACUUUCUUUCUUUCUCACAUUUGGAGGUUCCAGGGCUUUGGCCGUUAGUGGACUCUCGAGGAGUCUGGAUUCCGACCCUCAGGAUAUUCGGAAAUGCCGGUCAUCAGCUGUAAAUCUUGGGGCUUAUCUGGAUACGGCGG